GUCACAAGGGGCGGCGAAUGGUCGCGGCGGCGGCGGCGGCGGCGGAGUGAGCGGGGUGGGGGGUAGGGCCCGGGCCGCGGACACCGGCCGACCGGCGGGACAAUGAACCUGGCCGGGCUGAAAGACUUGAAGAAAUACUCCAACACUGGACCGAAAAUCCCGGUGAAAGAAUUGAAGGUAGACUUCAAUGAUAUCAUAGAGGGAAAGGAUGAAUGGAGUGUGGAAGACAAAAUCUCUCAACAUAUUUUACGCAAUUUGCUGGACCAUAUCCUGCUGAGGUCAUUUAUUAUUGCAUUGCUAAUUGGAAGCUGUGUUUCAAUCAGUUGUCAGACUGACCCUGCUAUUUUACAGAAGUACUCCACAAUUUUUGUGACAUUUGAGCAGGUGGUGGUGACGAUAUUUCUCUGGGAGAUGCUGCUGAAAUGGUACUAUGGCUUCUGGAUAUUCUGGAAGGAUGGCUGGAAUAUUGCUGAUUUCAUUGUCACAUCCACCUUAUUUGUGGGCUCCACAUUGUCAAGCAGCAAUGAGAUUUUUUAUGUAUUAAGAGUGCUGAGGGCUCUGAGAAUGGUGAGGAGUAUGGCUGCCAUCAAGGGCCUGGCCAUUAUGGUGCAGGUGAUCGUCCAGUCAGUUUCCGACAUGGCCAAUGUUAUCUUCCUGCUCAUCCUGAUCAUAUUGGUUUUUGCUGUGUUUGGAGUGAUCAUCUUUAGCACUCAUAUUCCAGACGCAUUUGGAAGUUUGGACAAAGCUAUGUAUACGUUGUUUGUCUGCAUCACGCAAGAUGGAUGGGUUCAAAUUUAUGAAAAAUUCAAGAAAUAUAAUGGAGUGAUGAUGUAUUGGGGUGGAGUGUACCUCUUCAUGUUCAUCAUAGGAGCAUCUUUUAUCUUUGCAAACAUAAUGGUUGCUGCAGUAACUUCAAAUCUGGAGCAAGCAAUGACAAAGCAAGAGGAGAAGAGACAUACACUGACUGGUGGGUCAGGUCUGAUGUCUGAGUUAAAAGAUGAAACCAUGACUAGCCCAGAGAUGGACCUGGUGCAUGUGAAAGAUUGUAUCAAGCAAAUAAUCAUAGCUCACAAACAGCAACCGUUGAAGUAUAGCUCCCUGGAGAAUCUCAGCAUCUCCACAUACGAGGAGUUUUGCCUGGUGCUGGAAGCCAUCCAAAGGAACAUUGUGAACUAUAAACAAAUUCGUGUUGAACUCAAUAGCAUUGUGAAAGAGAUGCGAGAAAUGUUCUUUAAUCGUGAGCAGCAGAAAAGUUUUAUGCAUAAUGAGAAGAGGAUAAUGGAGUUCACCCAGGCUCUGCUCGCCAGUGAUAUUUCAGCAUUCAGAAAGAGAGAAAUGCUCAGCAACAUUUUGGUAUCGGAAAAGGUGAAAAUCUUAGUUAUUAUACAGCCCCUGUUUGUAGCUUGA